AUGGCCGUGCCGGAAUCUUUCAGCGGGCCUAAUUCGGGCCCUCCUGGAGGCCCGCGGGUCCAGGUGGAAAUUCCGGAUCCAGUCAUCUCCAAAGGUCUCAAAGUAUGCAAGAUACUCAAUCAAGGGACGAUGUUGAAAGCCUCAGCAGAUUCUAUUUUGGUCGCAAAAGGCUUGAUAACCUCUUCAAAAUUCUGUUCAAAUGGAAAUGGAGGCGUAAACGUUGAAGGCCCCAAGGGCUUGGUAGCCAUGGCUAUUAUGCAGCAAAAUUGUUUAAACAAUGAAGGAAAAAAAAAUUCGAAGACCAGCUUUGAGCUUAGCAGCUCACUGUUUGAGGUGCAACCACUGAGUGUUUUUUUCCCCUUUUUGCCGUAG